AUGUUUGAUAAAUAUGAUGUUCAAAAACGUAAUAAUUCGCGAUUAAUAAUCAUGGAUCAUCAAUUUGCUCGAACACUUUGGCGACGUCUAAAAUUUAGUAACAAAAUAACUCAAUUAGUUUCUAAUAGGAAACCAUUAGGAUUCAAUGUACAAGGCGAUUGGGAGAUGAGUGGUGUGAAUGAAGCCAUGCGAUUAAAUAAAUACCGUCAUGAUGAAUAUUUUUCACCUCAUAAAGAUGCACAGUAUGCUCCAAAUGGUGAUGAACGAUCAUUAUUGAGUUUAGUGAUAUAUUUGAAUGACAAUUAUGAAAAAGGUGAGACAAAAUUUUAUUUUCCCAAAGCAGCACCGAAAUUCAAUACAAAAGGAUUAACAAUUGAGGAAGAAAUUCAAGCUUACAGUGGAUUGGAAAAUGGAUAUGAAUGCGUGACAAUUAAACCAAAGAAAGGUUACGCUGUUCUUUUUACCCAUAAUCUAUUACACGCAGCCAUGGCACCGCAUAUGGAGAAUUCUCUCAAUGUGACAGAACGGAUAGUUUUAAGAACUGACGUACUCGUACAACGAAUAGGAAAACCACUCGGAUUUGCUAUUUGUCCAGAAGAACAAGAAGAUUAUCUAGCUUGUCUGAAUUUUUUUCGUGAAGCUCAACAAAAUGAAUUGAAACUAUAUAAAAAUUUUGGUGAGUUCGUUAAAACAAGUGAAAUUGGUGAGUUAUACGAACGUUCAUUAUCGAUUCGAUAUAGUUAUCCGCGACUACUCGAGCUCAAAUUAAAAGCACAGAUUAUCUAUCAAGAUGACGAAAAACCAUUGAUUGACAAGUUUCCUUCUGAGAUAUGGCUUCACAUUUUCAAAUAUUUGCAUGAACAAGAUGUGCAACAUCUAAUAUUUGCAUUUCCACAAUUUCAACUAUUGAAAAUUACUUGGGAUGCUCAAGAGAUGAAAAAUUUCGAAGCGGAUAACUGCCGCCAAAAAUUCAUUCCAACCAUUCAUACUAAGUAUGGUAGUCGAACUCUAUUUCGAUUUUCUGAUAGCGACUUUUUCUAUAAGCAUCUCGAAGGAUGUUGUCGCGUAGCCGCCGUCUAUGCAUUCUUCCUGUUGGGACAUCGUGACGAUUCAACCACGUACACUAUUCGAUAUAACAGAAAUACACAGGAAGUAAGUGAAGUCAAGAUGGAGAAAAUAUUGGCAGAUGCAUUUUAUAAUCGUAAUUGUUAUGGUUCGAUCUAUCGAGUGGCACAAAAGAACGAGUUAAAACGACAACCAAAUAUUGACUUAGAUUAUAGUGUUGAUCGUACCUAUAUGACCAACCGUCAUCAAUCUCAAUUUAUUGGACAAGAUUUUUUAUCACGGUUUCAUUUCGAAAUGCAUAUCUCUGAUUCGUCAAAUUCUGAAAGAAGUGAUUCUUAUGCAAGUGAUGAGUUAGAUAAAUCUGACAUCUUAACUUAUCAGAGAAAUCAUGCUUUGUACGAUCGAGAGAAUCGGUUGGUAGAUCAAUAUUCGGCUAUCGAAGAUGACAUUUACACUUGGAUGGAUAUGACAGCAUGUUCAAAAGAUGACAUGAUGGGCUAUUGUGAAAACUUAUUAAAACAGACACAGCAAAACUCGGGUACAAGUCUCUUACGAAUUUUAUUAGCGAAAGACCAUGUCAUUGAUAAAAUUUGUAGCUGUUCAUUAGGUAGUCGUCCAAGUAUGGACGAAGUCAAGGAUUUGAUUGUCUGCUACAAUCACUUGAUAUUCGAUUUUGAUACGCAUCGUUUAACUGUUGAACAACUGCCAGAUGGGAAACUGAAUACUACUGACCGUGAUUCGCUUUUAUACAAUUGUAUUAGAACUCUUCAACGUUCAGUGGCACGAGAAAAUCCUAUUACAUGGUAUCGUGUCAAUAUCGAAAAAUUGGCACAGGCAACACAAGGAUUUAAUCAUGCAUCCUGUCAAUGUUCGUAUCCAGAAGUCAAAAUUGAUCAAUUUUCAUUUCUCGAUUAUACAUAUUUGUCUCAUGUACACUUAGCUGUUGGUCGGAACAAAAAUCAUGUGUUUGUUUUAGCCACUUAUGGUGGUGUUGCUGCACUAUAG